AUGGCGAACAAGGGCCGAGAUGGAGACGGCGUAGACUCCAUCAGCUCUCUGCCCGAUGAGAUCCUCCAACACAUCCUCUCUUCUCUUCAAACCGCAACUGCCAUCAAGACUUCCACCUUGUCCAAACGUUGGAGGCAUGUAUGGUCUGGUACACCUUCUCUCCACCUCAUUUUGACCAGGCAUGACUUUAAGGCUGAUUCGAUAGACAGAACCCUAGCUCUCUUCAAGGCUCCCAAGAUGACGAGUUUUCAUCUCUAUGCCGGUUACCACAUCAAGUCUCCUGACAUUAACAGGUCGAUAGAGUUCGCCAUGUUAAAGAAUGUGGAGAAUAUGUGGCUGGAUAUACGUUCAUAUAAUUAUAACAUACCUGAGUUCUUGUACUUCAGUUCCACUAUCAAACAACUCACACUUUCGUUAGUCAACAUACCUGAUAUGAAUGUUCCUAUAAGUUCAGUUUAUUGGACAUCCCUGAAGAAACUAUCAUUGUUUUGUAGCAAUUUUUCUGAGGAAUGCAUGGCUAAGAUUCUGUCUGGUUGUCCGAUUCUCGAAACCUUAAUUUUGGAAGUUUCAGUUGACCUGAAGGUUAUUGAUCUUAGCAAAUCUCUAAGUUUGAGAACAUUGGAAGCAACCAUUAGGGUUCCGGGAACGCAGAUUGUAGCACCACAUAUCCGUUGUCUCAGAUUGACAAGCAUCGUGUAUCUAUGUACUUUAGUUGAUGUCUCUUCUUUAACCGAAGCUACUCUAGAGGUUAGCGUUCAGUCAAAUGAAAUACUGACGGAUGGUUUUCCUCAAGUCAUUAUACAAGAGAUGGUUGGUAUGUUGCAGAAUGUAGAGACACUUACCUUUGGGCCUAACCUUCUUAAGAUAUUAUCUGUUGCGGAGCUCUACCAUCUUCCUUUUCCGAGCUUCAAAGUCAAAGAUUUGACACUUGAGACAACGAUCUCUCAAGAUGUAAUUCCUGGCUUAGUAAGGGUGCUACAAAACUCACAUUUGUUGACAAAGCUAACCGUGCAACCAAAGCUCGUUAAUGGCACCCUACUGGGGAAGUCUCUUGACGACUUGUUGGAUGUGCAUGGCUUGAUGAAUUCGGAUCAACGCUGGAGGAAGGAAGCGAGGGUCUUUCCGAACAUUUUGAAUUGGGAUGUUGAGCCAAAGCAUGUGGUUUCAUUCAUAAAACUUAUGCUUAAAACCGCACUCAUAACUCUCGGCGGACCUAAAAUGAAGAUCGUGUUACAAGAAGACGGACAACGAAUCAGGUUUCUUGCUAAGACUGUGGAGGAAUAUGCUGAAGCAAUCAGAUGGGUGCAUCUGCUAGAAAACGAGCGUCUAGGUUCUCUGAACAACAGUUUAUUGAGGACUUCAAAACUGCAAUUCGACCAGUUUUAG